AUGCCGACUGAACUAGAAGAGCUCGUGGGCUUCAUCGCCAAUCCCAAUGCCCAGAUUCGUCUGCUUGCUGCUGAGAACCUGGUACCAUACUCAUUGUCAGAGCCCAGCAUUUUCAAGAAUGACAAGCUUCAGCCUGUCAAGCAUCUCAGUUUCUUAGUUCGCGACCAUCCUAAAAUUGCUGAACAUGCUCUCACAAUGCUUGUCAACCUAUCGGGUGACGAAGAGGUGCUCAAAUUUCUAGCAUCAGAUGAGAAGUUCCUAGGAAUCGUCUUUGACCUCAUGGUGAACCCCGAGGAACCAAAUGCCAACUUGCUAGCCAUGCUUGCUGCCAACCUUUCCAAGUGGGACGGUCUGAAGGAUUUCCUCAAGAGAAAGCAAGAACCCCCCAAGGAGCUGGGCUCAGAUGAGAUUGUCCUCAACCAGCUACUGGAUCUGUUUGUCAAGGGACAAGAUGGCACAUACAACAAGAACGCAGACUUUGACUACCUAGCCUACGUUUUUGCUGAUCUUUCCAAGCACGACGAUAUCCGAAAGCAUUUCCUUCAGGAGCAGGCGUAUGACAAGGUCAUCCCUCUCACAAAGCUCAAGGUUUUUACCGAGCACAAGUCUGAUAUCCGACGCAAGGGUGUUGCCAGCACUAUCAAGAACGUUGCCUUUGAGGUCAAGUCUCAUCCAUCUUUCUUGGCCGAGGAUGAGAUUGAUAUCCUUCCUUACAUCCUCCUCCCCAUUAUGGGUAACGAGGAAUACGACGUUGAUGAGACCAUGGACAUGCUGCCUGAUCUCCAGCUCCUACCACCCGACAAGAAGCGAGACUCGGACAACCAAAACAUACAGACACACGUAGAGACACUCACUCUGCUAACGACGUCACGGGAGGGACGUGACCUUAUGCGCCGUGUCAAGGUUUACCCUGUCAUCCGAGAGACACAUCAGCGAGUCAACGACGAGGGUGUCCAAGAGGCCUGUGAGCGACUGGUUCAGGUCUUGGCACGAGACGAAGAGGGUGAAGGAGAAGAUGAGGUCAAGGAGAAUGGACUCAAGGCUAUUGAGGGUAAGCCUGAAGUUGCCAAUGGUCAGGUGGAGGAAGUCGAAGAUGAAGACGAUCAGCUCGUUGAGGUUUAA